GUGAGAAAGUCAACAUGAUGAAAAAGGCUAAAAAGUUUCUUGAGGUGAGCAAGCAACAGUCGGAGACGGUGGCUGGACUGGCCGUGCCAGAACUCCGGCAAGGUGAGGCGACCAUGUACAAUAUUUUCGCUCUAAGAGGGAUCCGAGUUGACCGAAUCGAACCCGGGCUCGUUGUGUGUACUUUCAAGGUGCCUCUACGACUCCUUGAUAGAAAUGGAAAGUUUGCGAGUGGUGCCAUUGCGAACCUGGUUGAUGUAGUUGGUAGCUGCGUCAUUUUUGUUUCCGGUGCUCCGAUGAAUGUCACGGUGGAGAUGUCCAUUUCGUACUUGUCAACGGCAAAGCUUAAUGAUGAGUUAGAGAUAACAUCAAGGUUGCUAGGACAGAAAGGAGGUUACUCUGGAACAAUAGUUCUCAUGAGAAAUAAGGUAACUGGAGAAAUUAUCUCCGAGGGUCGACAUUCCUUGUUUCGUUCCCGACGUGUAUAUGGCAAGCUAUGAGUCUG